GUCAACUCUGUGCCCCGUCACUAGCAGACCCGGAAGUGAGAGAGGGCGGUGCCCUGAUGUCACGUGCCACCUGACCCAGUUUGAGCAUGCCUCACAGCUGGGGCACUGGACAACAAUUUCCUGUGAGGGGAGAAGCAAAGGAAGCAGUUCAGUAAAUCUCCUCACUCGCUAAGCACAAGGAAUGCAGUCCAGGAUGCCUGCAAAAAUAUUCAUCUGCCAGCUGGCACUUUUUGUCAUUCUGAUCCAGGUGCCACCAGGAAUAUCUGAGGAGCAGAAACAGUGUGAGGCUGGAUUUAGUGAGUCACGCUAUGCAUUUUCGGUGAUGAGAAAGGUACUGGAAAGGGGGAGAAUCUUAGGAAAAGUGAGAUUUGAGUCUUGUUCUGGAAGAUCUCGUUCCCUGUAUUCUUCUGAAGACUCACGUUUCCGGGUUCUUCCCGAUGGGACAGUGUCAGUGAAAAGGCAGCUUACCCUGCACACUGGCUCAGUCAGCUUUGUGCUUAACGCAUGGGAUAGUGCAGGCAAGAAGCACUCUGUGCCUGUGUUUAUCUGGAAUGAGAGGGAGCAGCAGGAGGCCAGGCUUACCCAGUAAAGUAUAUGGGAUCGAGAGGCAGCCAGUUGGUGGGAGCUGAAAUAUAGAGGUCAUGUUCAACUGGAUGUUUUGGAUGGGGCUUUGCACUCUUCGCAACUGAUAGUAAAAACAAUAUAAUAUUAAAAUCUUAAUCAAAUCAGAA